AUGAAGACCAGUCAGCAAAAGAUUAGCUAUGAAGUAGAACCACCCUUUUUCAUCAUACGAUUUGAGUCUCCGGAAACGUUAAAUGCGAUGACUUAUGAUGACUAUAUUUAUGUGACUACUUUAUUAGAGUUAUCAAGUGAUAACCCGGAUUGUUAUUUCACUGUGUUAGAAAGUUCAGGUAGAUUUUUUUCAAGUGGUGCUGAUUUUAACUCUAUCCCACCUAAUAUCAUUGAUAAAAAUGGUAUAAAUCCAAAUUUAGAUCCUAAAGUAAUACAAAAAUGGCUAGAAAAUUUCUUAUGUAAGAACCAAUAUAUUACUCAAUCAUUUAUUAGGCAUGAUAAGAUAUUGGUCGCUUGUUUGAAUGGACCAGCUAUUGGGUUGAGUGCUGCAAUUGUAUUAUUGUGUGAUUUAGUUUAUGCAAUGAAUAUUGAAGAAACCUAUCUCCAAUUUCCAUUUAGUACUCUAGGUUUAUCUAAUGAGGGUUCGGUAUCAUGGACUUUACCUAAUAAAUUAGGUAGAAAUAAAAGUUUUGAAAAAUUAUUAUUUGCACAAAAAGUUCAUGGGUAUGAGAUUCAAGGAUCAGUUUUAUUAGAAUCACAUAUCAAUUAUCAUCAGCUAGAGAUCGAUUAUAAUAAUGAUAAGGAAAAAAUUGUUGAAACUUUUAAUAAAUUGAUGAUUCAAGAACUUAAACAAAAAUCUAAAAAUAUUUUUUUACCUACUGUACUUAAAAUGAAAGCGUUAUUGAAGGAUGAAUCUCUAGUUUCGCAACUAGAAUUAAUUAAUACAAAGGAAGUUAAUAGUGGUUUAAAAUUUUGGGUAAAUGGAAUACCACAAGGUAGAUUUCAAAAGUUGAAAAAUAUGAAGAAAGCUGCUCGAAAGAAUAAGAAUAAAUUAUAA